AACAUUAAUGGACAAUGAAUCCAUUCCAAGUCCUACCUUAUCCAUUCCUUCUUGUGUUUUUGCACACAAUUUCACCAGGACCGUUGACUAUGACUUUGAAGUUCCCAAAUAGGAGUUCGAGUUCUUGGAUCUAAGCAUACCACUAGUUACUUCCUCAUCAGAUUAGGAAUUCAGAAAGGAGCUUUUUCAUUCAUCCCAUUGUAAUCGAACUGAUAACCAAGGUAUGGAGUACGUAAAGAGUACAGCGAAAGUUGUAGAAGGUCUAAAAAAUUUUGAGGGCAUUGAUGAAAAGAUGGAGAAAUUAAAAAGGAAAUUCCAACAUUUAAAGAGUAGAGAAGAAGAUGUCAAGGAAGAGCUCAAAUAUGCAGAAGAAUUAUCAUUGAAAAAACCAAGGAAAGUAGUUGAAAAUUGGUUGACAAAUGUUGGAAACAUAAAGAAUUCAAUUGAGCAGAUAGAGGAACAAGUUCGAGAAAGAAGAUGGUUUUCAUACAUGCCGCUAGAAAUGGAAAUGGGCAAAUUAACAGAACAAGUGACAGAACUCAUUCAGCAAGGUGGAUUUCCAGAGGGGCUUACACUUCAAGCACAUGGUAACCAACCAAUCGAGUUGAUAACAACAAAAUUAAUCGGUCAAAUGUUUCAUCAACAUAAGGCUGUGAUAUGGAAAUACUUGGUGAGGAAUAAUGUCUCAAAACUUGGCGUAUGGGGAAUGGGGGGAGUUGGAAAAACAACCUUGCUUACCCAUAUUCACAAUGAACUUAAUGCUCAUCAACAAUUCUCUGUUUCUUGGGUGACUGUGUCACAGAACUUUAGUAUCCAUAAACUGCAGAAUGACAUUGCAAAAACUAUAGGACUUCAAAUAGAAAAUAAUGAUGAUGAGAGGAAAAGGGCUGCAAAGCUAGCACAACGCUUGAGAAAUAUGAAAAACUUUGUGCUCAUCUUAGAUGAUUUGUGGCAAGAUUUUCAAUUAGAGAGGGUGGGAAUUCCUAGUGGUCGAAGUGGAUGUAAGUUGAUUUUAACAAGUCGAUCAUUAAAUGUUUGUCGAAGUAUAAAUUGCGAAGAGUAUAUUAAAGUGGAGCCACUUUCUGAGAAUGAAGCUUGGGAGUUAUUUACUGAGAAACUUGGGCAUGGCAGAGCACUUUCUCCUGCAAUUGAACCCAUCGCAAAGUCACUUACAAAAAAAUGUUCAGGUUUACCUCUUGCGAUUAUUUCCGUUGCGGGAUCCAUGAGGGAGGUGGAUGACAUAAGUGAGUGGAGUGAUGCACUGGAAAAAUUGAAAGAAUCAGUGGCAGACCAUGAUGAUGAAAUGGGAAUUGAGGUAUUUAAAGUAUUAAAAUACAGCUACGAUCAGUUGAAAGAUCCAAAAUUACAACAGUGUUUUAUAUAUUGCUCGUUGUUUCCUGAAGACUUUGAAGUUGGAAGAGAAAUGUUAAUUGAGUAUUUUAUUAAUGAGAGAUUUAUUGAUGGAUUGAGGAGUAGGCAGGCAGAAUUGAAUAGGGGCCACACCAUAUUGAAUAAACUUGAAAAUGUUUGCUUAUUAGAAGGUGGUGUAUCAAUAUAUGGUGGGAGAAAGUAUGUGAAGAUGCAUGAUUUGGUAAGAAGCAUGGCCAUCCAAAUUGGAAAAGAAAAUUUUCAAUAUUCAGUAGAAACUGAAGAACAGUUAACAGAGAUACUAAGGGAAGAAAAGUGGGCAAAGGAUCUUACAAAGCUUUCUUUGAUGAAGAAAGAUAUAUCAAACAUUCCUUCUAGUGCCUCACCAAAAUUUCCUAGACUUACAACACUGGUGCUAAAUGAUUGUGGAGUACUAUACAUCAUUCCAGAUUGUUUUUUCAGUCGUAUGCCUACGCUUAGUGUUCUUAAUUUGUCUGGUACGAAAAUUGGAAAUCUGCCCACAUCAAUUUGUGAGUUGGUGAAUCUAACUGCAUUAUGGCUGGAAGGUUGUUCGAGAUUGGCAUAUGUACCAUGUUUAGAAAAUCUCAAGGCAUUAAGAAGGCUGAACCUUAGAUGGACAAGAAUAAGAGAAGUGCCCCAAGGCAUGGAAAUGUUGUUGAAUCUCAGAUAUCUCAAUCUUGAAGAAACACUAAUAGAAAUGAUACCAGAUGGCAUUUUACCCAAACUAUCUUGUCUUCAAUAUCUUGGAAUUGAAAAUGAGAUUGGGAGAGCAGGGUCAUCUCCACCAAGGAAAGUGAGAGGAGAGGAGAUAGUGAAGUUGAGAAAGCUUGAAACAUUUAAAGGGUACUUGUAUGAUAUGGACGACUUUAAUAAAUAUGUAAGAUGGCGGGAGAAUAACAGAGGAGGCCCCAAUAAUUACCAACUUUUAGUGGGACCGAGCAGCGAAUUUUAUCGCCUGAGUGCUUUUGAAGGCUGUACGAGAAGUGUAUGCUUGCAAAGAUGCAAAAUAAGUAAAAGUAAAAAUGGAGAAGACUCAGACUCACUGCCUGUGCUCCCUACAGACGUCCAACUUCUCUGUAUUCAAGAUUGCAACGAUGCCAGUAGUCUAUGUGAUAUUGCGUCAUUAAAGAAUGCAACCCAGUUGAGCAAUUGUUAUAUUGAGCGUUGUCAAGGGAUGGAACAUGUUGUUUGUUGUUGUUCCUGCAACCUUCCUCUCAUCCAAAGUCUAGUAUCACUAAUUCUGAUUGAAUUGUGGGAGUUGAGGGCUUUGAAUGAGAGAGAAAUAUGUUGUGCAUCUGCAUCUGCAUCUGCAUCAUCAUCAUCAUCAAUACUACUCCAAACUCCUAUGUUUUCCUCCCUUCAACGUUUACGCAUAAUUGGAUGUCCAAAAAUAAAGAGGUUGUUCAUGCCCAUACUGCUACCUAACCUUAAGAACCUAGUCCAUUUGACAGUUCAACUUUGUGAGGAGAUGGUGGAAAUAACAGGAGAAUCAUCAGAUGAAGAUGAAGAUGAUGUUAACCAGGAAGCAGUAAGUACAAGUUGUAUCAUAUCGGCUUCUCUCCCCAAAUUAAGUAUUCUCCACUUCCAUGACCUUCCAGAAUUGAAGAGAUUUUGUUCCAAGGAAAUUGUUUUUGACUCUCUCAAAGAAAUUUGUAUUAGUAGAUGUCCGAAGCUGUCCUUCAAUGGAGUACAACAUGUUGAAACCGACUAUAGUAAACAUAUAUAUAGUGUGGUUAAUUCUCGCAUAGUUGAGCGCAUAAGAUGAGGAAUUUUAAGAUGGUGAUCUGGUCAGAAGUUGAAAGACAAUCAAAGCAUUGGACACAUUUGGAGGUCUGUCGUAAGUGUAAUUCCUCUUUGUACAAAUCUUCAUCACACAGCUGUUGCUCUUCUUCACCAUUAAUCAUCAUCUUCUGGCCUUGUAUAAUGAGUAAUGAAAUUCCAACAUUUUUUUUUUUUUUAAUAACAGACACACAAAAAAUAAUAAUAAUACAUAUUGUUAUUCUACUUUUUUUUUUUUUGAAUAUUUUAUCACUUUAGAUUUCGCAAAUCUAGAUCCGUUAAUUACUAAGCUUCUUAUUUAUUUUGGUUUUUAAAAAUUGAGUAGCGCAGUCUGUUAUCAAUCAUUAGUAAAAUUAAUAUUUGAAUUUUUCAUACUUUCUAUUUUUUGUUGCAAUUUUAUUUUAUUUUUUGGAAACUUCAAUGACAUUAGGAAGAAAAGUUCAAUACAUCAGCAAUAAUUUUUCAUACUUUCUUUUGUCUGCAAUUUUAAAAGAACAAUCCGUUCCCUUUUUAUUUUAUUUUAUUUUUUUAAUUUUUCUAUUAUAUGUUGGUAAUAUAGUAUAUUAAAUUCGCGGGGUGACUAGUGAUGAACAUGAUGAACACAUCUAACAUUCAUGGUUACAUUUUGGUGAUUAGCUAACAUUUGGUGCAGGUUUCAUAAUUUUUAAGACUAUGUUGUUGGUUAUUUAUUCAGGGAAUGAUGAUCACCGAUCCUUCAAGUUAAGAGAGGAAAAUGCAUGCAUUAUUAAUAUAUAUAGUGAUUUUGACACUGUAUAUUAAAGUGAAAUUAAUGAGUCAAAUGAGUAGUGUAUGCUCUUUUACCCAAAAAAGAAAAAAAAAAAUGAGUGGUUUAUGCUAACCUCAAACAAUUUAUUUUUUUAAGAAUAAAGUGUACCUUAUAUUUUUGAGUAAAGUUUUUAUGUUUCAUGAUCAGAUUUUGAUAAAAUAAAUAACACCUUUUUUUUUUUUUUUUUAAUCAUUGGAGUGUGGUG